AUGUUGCGGCCCGUGGGCCGCCUGAGUGCUGGGCUUGGCCGGCUAGGGCGCUUUGGCAUCCAAAAGGGGAUCCAGCCGCCAGUGCGAGCGCUCUGGAAUCGCGAUGAGGCAAGAGCCCGUGCCUUUGCUGGUCGCGCCUCUCGUUCGAGCCGCGAGGCAGGAAAGCCACCACAAGAGACGCAAGCCGAACAGCCCAGCGAAGCCCAAGAGGCUCCAAAAGAAGAACCAAAGGCACAACUCACAGAUGGACCACCUCCGGGUCUGAUGGUUCUGCCCUUGUUGAGGAAACCAGCCUUCCCUUGCUUCAAGCAGACGUUACAGGUAAGCGAGCCUGAAGUAAUUGAAAUCUUGAAAACGUAUCGGAGCAAGGGCCAGGAAUACAUAGGCGGCUUCUUGGUAAAGGGCACAGCAGGCUCAGAGCCACCAAAGGUUUACGGCAGCUCAGAGCCUUCAGGCCUGCGCCGGGAUGCAGGGAAGGUUGAGAGUGUUGCCCAGCUGGAAGAGAUUGGUACAGUUCUUCAGGUCUUGGAGAUCACACCAUUCACCAACUCCGGUGGCGGUCAAAUCACCGCCUGA